GACGUUAUCUGAAGCCUCCAUGCGUGCUUCAGAUCCUCGCAAAAUGGCUGGCCUUUCGAGUGAUCUGUAAGAUCUGGCUUUAUCAUAGCUUCCCUUCCAAGUUGAGUAAACACUCAUCAACAUGCAGACGAACUUAAUUUGGAGUGUUGUUCUUUUUCUUUUGUUGCAAGGGACGAGGAUUCCAGCGCAGGACCCGAACUGUAAAAUUGACUUGGCUUUUGUGGCAGAUGCCUCAGGAAGUGUUGGUGACGACUGGGGCACUCUGCUCAAAUUCGUUGUCGAUGUGUCAAAGAACAUCAACGUCGGUCCUGAAGGCUCCCACAUUGCUUUGGUCAAAUUUGGAGACCAAGGUGAAAAAGUUCUCGAUUUUGAAGAGUUUGAUCCUGCAACUUUCAAAGAAGAUAACGUCUUUGGAAAGAUUACGUCGAUAGGAAAGCCGCCCUCUGGCGCACCUAGGUUCAUCAACAGAGGACUUCGUGAAGUUAAUGAACAAGUCUUCCAGGAAGAAUUUGGAAUGAGGCCGGAUGUUAAAAAGGUGGUACUUCUCAUCACAAACGGAAAACAAACCGCAAUAACUUCGCCGGAUGAGGCUGGUCCCAUUGACGCCUCAACAGAGUUAAAGGACAGGGGCGUCUACGUCAUUGUAUUGGGUAUUGGCCAAGUCGAUGUUAUAGAGCCGUGGAAUUAUGCUUCAAACGCCCAAGAAGUACUUCAAGUGGAAGAUUUCUCUCAGCUAGAUUCCAAAGUGAAGGAAGUCAGUGAAACUCUUUGCCCUUCGGCUCUGCUCCUUACGACUUCGCUGCCGACAAUGACUCCUCUGGUGACUCCUGCCCCUCCUGUCCCUCAGCCACAACAGAUUCUUCCACCACGACGAGUUGGCCUGCCCGGUGAUCCAGGAGAAAAAGGAGACAAGGGAGAUCAGGGUCCGCCCGGGCCCUCCGGACCUCAAGGCUUUCGAGGUUCUCAGGGAAUAUCCGGACCGCAAGGACCUGAGGGGCCUCCUGGAUCUCAAGGCCCUCCCGGUCCUCCUGGCCUUCCAGGGCCGAUUAUUAACAAUAUCACGAACGGUGGACCCGUAGAGCAACUACCACCGAUAUUUAUAGUUAAGGCAGCAAAGGACCAAGUGUUGGGUAUAGGGAAGUUAGAGGGAACCGUGGUGACCCGGUAUGUCUAA